UUAGAGUAAUAAAUAUGGCAGCCCCCAUGCAAUGCUUGACUUUCAAACGCUUAAAUAUAUCAAUUUUAUCAAAUCUGCUGAAAAAUGUUCGAAUCUAUCGAAGUUUGUCUGCGACCUCUCAAACCUCCGAUACAGCAAGUAAAGAAAAUGAUGAUUACGACGAACUUGAACGUCAGGAGGUUGAAAGACGAAUUGCUAAAUUGAGGGAUGUUUCUGGAUUAAAUAAAUUCGAGAAAGCCCGAAUGAAUGGUGUAAUGCCCAGUAUAAACUCAAACCGAAAGUAUUUAAAGUCACGGUCCUUUUACAGAAAGAUGUAUGCAGCCUAUGGAUCUACUUCUGGAGUAAAGCCAGGAAUUAUGUGGCCAAGUAAGGGGGAGUUGCAGGACCUGCAGGAAAUUGAGCGCGAUUGGACACCAUCAUUUCAAGACAUGGUCAAAAAGCUGCAGCAAGAGAAAACUUCGCAUAUGGAAGAGGAGCGUCUCAGAAUUGAAGACGUUCAAAAGAACAUGGAAAAAAUGCCUGAUCUUAUUGCUGAAUACAAGAAAAAGCAACUAAAGGCAGCUGAAGUGGAAACCAGUAAAAGUGAGAAAAUUGAAAAAAUACAAGAAGAGUUUAGACAAAAGUUUGGAUUUAGUGUUGAUCCUGACUCACCAAAGUUUAAAAUGUUCAGAUCAACUAGGAUAGCUGAAGAUAUGGAGAAAAAGAAAAAGGAAAAGAAAGUUACUAAAAAGGCUGCUGCAGAAAAGAUGCUGCAGGAUAUGUUGGAAACUGGUUCAGGAGCAAAAUAUUAGAAACCUUCUGUAACCUUUCGUGGUUUAAGUCUUUCUUUAAAGAUAGGUAAUCAACAGUGGCUACCUUCAAGGAAUUGUUCACAACACACCCUUUAAUAAGAGCUAUACAGUUAAGUUGAAUAAACUGUUUAAGUAUGAUUCAUAUUGGGGCUUUGGCCGUAACAUUAAUUUUGACUUGGAUUAUUGAAAAACAAACAUUCACACGAUGGUCCUCAAUUCUUUGAAGAUGGAUGUCAAAUUAUACCAUAGUUAAGUUCUGGCUAAGCCUCCAGAUGUUUAAUUUGUCAAUUGAUGGCAAUUGGCACUUUUAUAUUGUCAUGUAAUUAUGCCCCCCUUCGAAGAAGAGGGGUAUAUUGCUUUGCACAGGCAUGUCGGUAUGUCGGUCGGUCGGUCGGUCCGUCGGUAGACCAAAGCUUGUCCGAGUGAUAACUCAACAAUUCCUGGAUGUAUGGUCAUCAAACUUCACAUGAAGGUUGGGCCUGACCAGUAGAUGACCCCUAUUGAUUUUGCGGGUCAAAGGUCAAGGUCACAGUGACCUUUAAUGGUAAAAUAAUUUUAAAGCUUGUCCGAGUGAUAACUCAACAAUGCCUGCAACCAUGGCCCUCAAACUUGACAUGGAGGUUGGGCCUGACCAGUAGAUGACCUCUAUUGUUUUUGGGGGUCAUCAGGCCAAAGGUCAAGGUCACAGUGACCUUGAAUGGUAAAAGGUUGUCCGAGUGAUAACGUGACAAUGCCUGCACCCAUGGCCCUCAAACUUGACUUGGAGGCUGGGCCUGACCAGUAGAUGACCCCUAUUGUUUUUGGGGGUCAUUGGGCCAAAGGUCAAGGUCACAGUGACCUUGAAUGGUAAAAGGUUGUCCGAUUGAUAACUCAACAAUGUCUGCACCCAUGGCCCUCAAACUUGACUUGGAGAAUUGGCCUGACCAGGAGAUUGACGCCUAUGGUUUUUGGGGGUCAUCUGGCCAAAGGUCAAGGUCACAGUGACCUUGAAUGGUAAAAGGUUGUCCGAUUGAUAACUCAACAAUGCCUGCACCCAUGGCCCUCAAACUUGACUUGGAGUAUUGGCCUGACCAGGAGAUGACCCCUAUGGUUUUUGGGGGUCAUCUGGCCAAAGGUCAAGGUCACAGUGACCUGGAAUGGUAAAAGGUUGUCCGAGUGAUAACUCGACAAUGCCUGCACCCAUGGCCCUCAAACUUGACUUGGAGGUUGGGCCUGGCCAGAAGAUGGUCCCUAUUGAUUUAAGGGGUCAUUGGGCCAAAGGUCAAGGUCACAGUGACCUGGAAUGGAAAAAGGUUAUCCGAGUGAUAACUUGACAAUGGCUGCACCAAUGGCCCUCAAACUUGAUUUGGAGGUUGAGCCUGGCCAGAAGAUUGUCCCUAUUAAUUUUAGGGGUCAUUGGGCCAAAGGUCAAGGUCACAGUGACCUUGAAUGAUAAAAGGUUGUCCAAGUGAUAACUCAACAAUGCCUGCACCCAUGGCCCUCAAACUUGACAUGGAGGUUGGGCCUGACCAGUAGAUGACCCCUAUUGAUUUUAGGGGUCAAAGGUCAAAUCACAGUGACCUUGAAAGCAAACUCGACAAUUCUUGGACCUAUGGUCAUCAAACUUGACAUGAAGGUUGGGCCUGCCAAGUAGAUGACCCCUAUCGACUUUGGGGGUCAUCAGGCCAAGGUCAAUGUCACAGUAACCUUUAAUGCAAAAAAGUGAACAAAUCUUCCCCCAAUGAUAUCUCGACAAUGCCUGAACCUAUGAUCAUUAAACUUGACAUGGAUGUUAAGCCUGACCAGUAGAUCACCCUUAUUGAUUUUAGGAUUCAUAGAGCCAAAGGUCAAGGUCACAGUGAUCUUGAAUGGUAAAAGGUUGUACGAGUAAUAACUCAACAAUGCCUGAACCCAUGGCCUUCAAACUUGACAUGGAGUUGCAUCUGACUUGUAGAUGACCCCUUAUGAUUUAAGGGGUCAUCGGGUCAAAGGUCAAGGUCACAGUGACCUUGAACGAAAAAAACUUGUCUUUUGAUAACUUGACAAUGCCUGCACCCAUGGCCCUCAAACUUGACUUUAGGUUUCUGGUGACCAGCUAAUGAAUCUGGAUUUUGAGUUCAUAGAGUCAAAGGUCAUGACGGUCAUAACACACUUUAUCCACACACUUUAAUGGUCAUAAUCUUAAAACAGCAACAAAUCGGCUGUCAUUUCGGUCCAUGCAUAUUUCAUUCAAUUGUCCAUAUAAUCUGACAACAUGGCGCUCAGGGGGGCAUAAUGUUUGACAAACAUCUCUUGUUCUUCUCCCACAUCAGCCUUGAUAUUUUACCACAAAGGUACUCUUGCUCUUGUUGCUGUGUGUUUCUUUUAAAUUAAAACAACAAUUUAGUUCACAAAGUCAUAUAUUUGUUAUUUUUGACUAAGAUAACUAACCGGAUGUCAAUACAAAUACAUGAAAUAUGCAUUGUAUGUAGAUGCCAAAAUUAACAAUUACCUUGUUGCUUUCAUACAAUAAAAUAUAUUUCCCA